GUGCCUUUGUCAGAGACUAAGAUUCAAAGCUGAAGAAAGACGAAGAUGGCUUCGCUGCCCUACGCUGAUGUCGAUUCCAACCUCAGAGAUCUCGCCGGAAAGGCCGAGGGAUUCGGCAGAUUGGCCGUCGGCGGCCUCCAUGGCCCCAUCUAUUCCGUUACUACAUUGGCCGAUGAUGGACCAGGAUCACUUCGUGAGGGCUGCCGUAGACAAGAACCACUUUGGAUUGUUUUUGAAAUUUCAGGCACCAUUAAUCUUUCAUCCUACUUGAGUGUAUCAUCUUAUAAGACGAUUGAUGGCCGGGGCCAAAGGAUAAAGUUCACAGGCAAGGGCCUGAGACUCAAAGAAUGUGAGCACAUAAUCAUAUGCAACCUGGAAUUUGAAGGUGGUAGAGGACAUGAUGUUGAUGGCAUUCAAAUAAAACCAAAUUCUAGACACAUAUGGAUAGACCGAUGCAGCCUGCAUGAUUAUGAUGAUGGACUUAUAGAUAUCACCCGCCAAAGCACAGAUAUUACAGUUUCUAGAUGUUACUUCUCACAACAUGACAAGACAAUGCUUAUUGGAGCAGACCCUUCUCACAUUGGGGACAGAUGCAUCCGGGUGACCAUUCACCAUUGUUUUUUUGAUGGAACGCGGCAAAGGCAGCCUCGUGUUAGGUUUGGAAAAGUUCAUCUGUAUAACAAUUACACCAGAAAUUGGAGUGUGUAUGCUGUUUGUGCUAGUGUUGAAUCACAGAUAUACUCCCAAAACAACAUCUAUGAAGCGGGAGAGAAGAAAGUGGCUUUUAAAUAUUAUACAGAGAUGACAGAUUUUUUGCUGGUGGCCAUUAACAAUGUUUGAUUCAACUUCCGGUUGUUAUGACACUCUUGAUAGGCAGCAGACAUGGAGGAGGCAAAGUCUGGAUUAAUAAGGUCUGAAGGGGACUUGUUCCUGAGUGGAGCUCAAUCAUGCUUAUUAACAGGAAUUGGUGAAGAAUGCAUAUUCCAUCCAAGUGAAUAUUACCCGACAUGGACGAUAGAACUGGCCUCAGAUUCUCUGAAAAAUGUGCUCCAAGUUUGUACCGGUUGGCAAGCCAUUCCCAGGCCAGCAGAGCUAAUGACAAGUGCAUAGCAGUAGCAUGGCAUUGCUGAAACCUUUAUGUUAACUUAUGUCUCCCUUCUUAGAAUAGUUCACAAGGCUCUAUAUCUUUUUUAUGCAAUUGCAGAAAUUUUAGAAGGCUUUUUGGCUGAUGUGUAUCAAUCAUAGCAUAGUGUGUUUGUGUGUC